AUGCACUUCUCUGCAUCAAUUGCCCUUUUGGGGCUUGCUGUUUCACCAGCAUGGGCUCUGUGUCCAUAUGCAGAGAAAAUGGCAUUGGAAAAGAGAGCCCCACCUACACACUCGCAAGCCCCCCGAGAAGCAGUCUCAUCUGGAAAGAAGGGUGUCUUCUACAUGAACCGAAUCGCACCUGGCACAUCGGAGCUAUACGUCGCCAAUGUCGACGGCACGAACGAACGUCCUCUUCUCUCAGAUCCCAUCUACGAAUACCAUGCGACAUUCUCCCCCGACGGUGAAUGGAUUACUUUUACCGGCGAACGAAACGGUGACGGAAACUCGGAUAUAUACCGCGUGCGAACGAACGGCUCGGACCUUGAGGAGCUGGAAACAACCUCUUCGAUUGAAGAUGGAGCAGUCGUGUCACCAAAUGGAAAACAAGUCGCCUAUGUGUCUACCGCCAAUGGCUACAAGGCCAAUAUCUGGGUCAUGGAUCUAGAGAGCGGUAGAAAAUGGAACCUCACAGAUACCGCUUCGACUGCUGCGAACGCCUCGUUGCCGAACGGUUAUUUCCGCCCCUCGUGGUCUCCCGAUGGCCAAUGGCUUGUCUUUUCGUCGGAUCGGAACUCGGGCUGGUAUGGACACGGAGACCCGGUCUUCAUGGGUGUUUCGGGCUGGGAGCAUACUCAGGAGCUUUCUAUCUAUGCUAUUCGGCCCAACGGGUCUGAUUUCCGUCGUGUCGCUUCGAAGUCUGGCUAUUGUCUUGGCUCGCCCAAGUGGUCGCCCAACGGAAAGCGUAUUCUCUACUAUGAGAUGACUCGCGAGAAUACUUGGAAUUCCCAUCGCCCUGAAUCAAUUGACUCUGCCAACUCUACUUUGGUAUCGGUUGACUUUGCUUCUGGGGCCGGUCGCAGAGUGGAAGUGGCAGGAUCCGGAGUCAAGAUCUUCCCUCAAUACAUAUCCGAUAGCACUAUUGCCUGGUUUGCUAAGGGAUCUGGCAAAGAGGGACUUCACACAUCGGCUGGUGGAUUCGUCAACACAUCCAGCUCAACCGUCCGCUCUCCAGCCUGGUCACCGGAUGGUAAGCAAGUUGUCUAUGAGAAAACGAGCUUCGACGUGGUUCGUCCUAUGGACAAGAAGCUAUACAGCUGGGACAAGGACUGGGAAUACCGGUUCACCGACGUUUUCCCCCAACUCUCGAACACGAACAAGAUUGCCAUGACUGAGAAACAACUCGGAAACUCAUCCAUUGUCUCCUUCACCGCGAACGGCACAAACGAGCACCUCGUCUACGACGACUUGAAGGCUGAAUUUCUGGACACCUCCACCGUCUCCCAGGGCCUAGCCGGAGCCUUCAACCCCGGCUGGUCCCCCGACGGAAACUGGGUGAUAUUCGGCGUUGGCUCCUGGUUCCAGAACCGAGCCACAGGCGGCGGCUGGUUAGUUCGGGCCACCGCCAACGGUUCCUACUCCGAAGUCUUGACUGAAAGUCAAUCGACCCUCGAAAGCAACAGCAGCGUGAUCAACUCCGGAUUCCCCAGCUACUCGCACGACGGCAAGAAGAUCGUUUACCGCGUGUGGGGAACGAACUCCACUCUUGGUGACAGGGCCCAGCUUGGUCUCAGAGUUCUUGAUCUCGAAACGCGGAAGAUCUCUGUUCUCACGAAUGAGUGGGAUAAUUUGCCUUCUUUUUCGCCUGAUGGGGAGAGAAUUGUGUUUACGCGCAAGGUCAGCGAUUACAAUUAUGAUGUUUGUACCAUGCGGCCUGAUGGGUCGGAUUUGAAGGUUCUUACGAGCAGUGGUGCCAAUGAUGCUCAUGCUGUUUGGACGUGGGAUGGUCGAAUCGCUUACUCUUCUGGUAUGUAUGGAUUCCAGUAUGAAUGUGCGCUCUACGAUCAAACAUUCCAGCCGUAUGGGCAGGUUAUUGUGAUGGAUGCCGAUGGGUCGAAUAAGCAGGUGCUUACUGAUUCUAUCUGGGAGGAUUCGAUGCCUUUGUUUGUGCCUAAUAGCAAAUUGGGGAGGAGACAUCUUUAA